AUGACACUUACAAAUUGCAUUUCAGUUGCAACUGCAAUUGCAAAUCCAAUUGCACUUACGUGUCGUUGCAAUACAAAUGAUGCGCUCACAGAUGUGAAGGAUCGUGCACGUAACGUUAGUGAGCGUCUAAGUUCUACCACUACACUUACUGUUAACAUCGCUGAUUCGGAUGAUCUAGACCCUUCAUUUAUAUAUCGUGGUUGCGUACUACUAGAUGGCGCUUGCAUAAAUCCUGAGUACAGUGCUUCAGUACCGGCAGGAUCAUUGCAAGGUGUGCUGACUGUCACACCAGAGCGCAUACAGGCUGUUGAUCUUGAUACUAUAAGCUCACCGAUACAUUACUCAUUUGCUAAUGGCAUGCCUGGCAAUUAUGCGGAUUAUUUCGAAAUUGACGAGCAAACAGGUGUACUAAAGCAAAUCAAAGCAGUGGACACUUCCACAGCUAAGAAAUACGAUAUUGUUGUUAAAGCUGAAGAAGUGUCACCCGCUAAACGUUUUACUACAGCGAAAUUAACUAUCACUGUCAAACCAGUUGAUGCUAAUCCACCCGUAAUAUCAGCUAGUGAUAUUGAAGGCUACGUUGAUGAGAACUCACCCAUAGGUACAAAAGUUUUGGAUAUCAAUAAUAAACCAAUUUCAUUUAAAACCACCGAUGCCGAUUUGGCUGAAGAUGACCCCAAGCCUGAUUAUAUAUAUGAGUUAACAACUCCAUCUUUUGAUGUUACAGCUGAUGGUAUACUUAUUGUAAAUGAAGAUGGGUUAGAUCGUGAUCCACCAGCGCCAGGUCGUUUUAAAUUCCAAGUAGUGGCUCGUGAACCACGCACCAAUGCAGCUAGCGCACCACUUAGCGUUACAGUUAUACUGCGUGAUGUCAACGACAAUCCACCGAAACUGGCCAUGGUGCCACCGGUUUCAAUAACAGCUGGUGAUGGCAAGCGUGCUGUCACACAAGUUACAGCUACCGAUAAUGAUGAAGGCGAAAAUGCCGUAAUAACAUACUCUAUAUAUCACGUUUCCAAUAACGGCAUCCAGAAAUUCACCAUUGAUGAGCACACCGGCCAGAUAGAGACAGUUGGUAAACUCAUGGCCGGAGAACAGUACAGUAUUACUGUACAAGCUACUGAUAUCGGUGGUCUGUUUUCACAAGCCAUUGUAGAGGUGUCAGUUACUCCAGGACCCAAUACAAAACCACCGAAAUUCUUAAAAUCGAUUUAUGAAGUACAAGUGAGUGAGGGCGCUGAAAUAAACUCAACUGUUACAGUGGUACGCGCAGAAGAUCCUGAAAACGAUCCUGUGGUCUAUUCCAUUGUAUCAGGCAAUGAUUUACGUCAAUUUGCUGUAGGUCAGGAAAAUGGAGUUAUAGUGGUGAUACGUAAAUUAGAUCGUGAAAGUCUAACACGUUAUCAGUUAAUAGUUAAAGCAGAAGAUAAUGGUGGUUUGUCCAGCAGUGCGACCGUCAAUAUAAAAGUUACCGAUAUUAAUGACAAAAAUCCCGAAUUUGAUGAAUCAACACUGCCGUAUGUAUUUCAGGUGGAUGAAGGCAAAAUGGAUGCAUUCGUUGGAAUUGUACACGCAACAGAUGCAGAUGAAGGUAUAAAUGCGGAAAUCACCUAUUCGAUACCAACCGAUAUUCCGUUUGCCAUAAACGGGAAAUCCGGAGAAAUCCGCACAGCUGCACCAUUGGACUAUGAACGCCAGAAUGAAUAUCGUUUUGUAGUGACUGCUAAGGAUGGUGCACCUGAUGCUCGUUUGGGUACUGCCAGCGUUACUGUGAUGGUACAUGAUUUGCCUGAUGAGGUACCCAAAUUCGUUGAAUCACGCAUUGAUGUACGCAUACCAGAAAAUGAACCCAAUUAUCUUGUAGCAACAGUGCAAGCCAUUGAUCCUGAUACCAUGCCGGAGAUAACUUAUGUGCUGCGAAAGGGUGAAUCUGAACUAUUCAAAAUUUCGCCACAAACUGGAGAAAUCCGUACAACUACUGGCUUAGAUUAUGAAAAACAGAAACAACAUGAGCUCGUAGUGGGUACCAUAGAAAAUGAUGGAGACAGCGCCGGUGACACAAUUCGCGUAAUAGUCGAUGUUGACGAUCGCAAUGAUAUGCGUCCACUCUUUGUGUCUGUACCCGAACCUGUUACUGUCAGCGAUGACCAACCCAUAGGUACAAUUAUAGCUACAAUGGCUGCUAUAGAUAACGACGGCACUUCUCCAGGCAAUGUGGUACGAUAUGAAAUGGUGGGACGUGGUAAAGCCUUAAAAUAUUUCCAAGUCGACGCCGAUACGGGUGCAGUGCGCAUACGUGACGAAUUACGCAAAGAAGAAGACACCGAGUACCAAGUCGAUAUACGUGCCUAUGACAUGGGUGAACCUCAACUUAGUUCUGUAGCGACACUGCCAGUUUAUAUACGCCAUCUUCUUACCGACCCUGUACAAGAGAACAACAUGGUUUCCAAACUCAAUAGUGGAGUAAUUAUUUUACCAGAAAGUUCUGGACUCGCUUUCAGUGAUGAUAGCUACACCACUGGAGUGCCAGAGACAACAGGCAUUAAUGCUACUAUUAAAUUGAUACAAAUAAUCAACUCCAAAAAAGCCAUACAUAGUAAUCCUGGCUUUAAGUGCGAAAUAGUGAGGGGCAAUGAAAUGGGUAUUUUUGAUGUCACCAUUGAGGAUCAUGGUUGUGGCAUUAAACUAAUCAAGCAUUUGGACUACGAAAACAAGACCUCACACACACUACAUUUGCGUUUGGUGUCCCAUAAGUAUUUAGUGAAUCAGCAAAAGGAUAUGACCACAGUUAAAAUAAUUGUGCAGGACGAAAAUGAUAACGCGCCCGAAUUUAUAUUCAAUCGUUUAAAUGGUCGGAAGGACACAUUCUAUUCUGUGGUCUCUCCGGAUGUAGACAUAAAUACACCAAUUAUGCAGGUGCGUGCUACCGAUCGAGAUUCUGGUAAAUUCGGUAUGGUCCGCUAUAAGAUAUACGAUGAGGAAAACAAUAGUGUGAGAGAUGAGAACUUGCCCACAACUUACUUUACCAUGCACGAAGAAACAGGCAUUCUUCGUACCGCAAAACUGUUCCGUGAUGAAGCGAACUUUCCUAUGGUGUUCUAUGUAGAGGCACGCGAUAACGAUGGUCAGGAGCUUGGUUCACACCGCACACGUGCACGCAUUGUCAUUAAUCAAAUCACAGAUCAGAAUCGCAUGUCUUUAGUGUUUUCGGAUGCAUCACCCAACCAAAUUAAGAACCACUUCACUGCUAUAGAAGAGCUAUUGAUGGAGAAAACGAAUGGACUUAUGGGUGGUAUUGAGCGCUUCAGCAAUCGCAAAUUUUUAAAUGCGAAUGGCACUGUUGUUGAGAAUCCUGCUGCAACUGAUGUCUGGUUUUAUUUGAUUGAUCCCAAAUCGGAACUGAUAGUUAAACGUAACGAUACAGUGGUACAAGAGACUCUGUUAGAACCAGCCGCACGUUCGAAACUGAAUUUUGAAGCUUCGGGCAUAGCUCGUGCCACGGCUGAGGGAAUUUUCGCACCAAUCGAAAUAAAACAACAAGUCCAUAAGAUCAAAUCACCGAUUGCAAUUAAUGAUGAAGUCUUCCCUUAUACGCUUAUUGCUGUGUCCAUAAUUAUAUUGAUUUUGGGUAUCAUUGGCAUAAUAUACAUAUGUAUAUCUUGGUCAAAGUAUAAAAACUUCAAGCAACGUAUGCGCCAAUACUCAGCACCUAGUCCGACACGCUAUGAUCCUGUCAUUGUUAAUUCGCAGGCAUCGAAUGCAGGCGACACCAUAGCCAACCUUAAGGAAUACGAAACUCAAGUGUUAGCUAUGGCUGUUCCACCAGAUGGUGAUGACGAUCUACAACUCGAUUUCAGUGCCAAAAACCAUGCCUUUUCAUUAGACAAUGUAAGCUACAUAACGCAUAAGGAACAAAAUGGUGGCGGCCAAGCCAGCCCCUCCCACUCUGAAGCAACAACAGCUACAAUUGCAACCUUACGUCGCAAUAACAACAACAACCUAAACAAUCUGUCCAACAACAACAACCAUACCAUGAAUAAUCGUCAGAACACAUUCAAUCGCACUUUGGAAAUGAAUGCUCGGAAUAAUGCCAACCCAUUGGCUGCCGCUGCUAAUGGCACACUGCCAGGUACACUGACGCUGGGACGGAUAAAACACCAGAACAGCAAUCAUUAUCAAAAUGGUGGCUAUAAGUUGGACUCUGUGAGCCGAAAUAAUUUAGCCAAUAUACAAAAUAAUGCCUACAGUACGCUGGGUAGGCGUGGCAACCUCUAUAGUAAUACGAAUAGUCAUGAUAAUAAUCAACAUAAUCAUCAUCAGCACAGAGGCACAUUUGCGGAUGUGCCAAUCACAAAUCCACUUUUUCAAAGGUCAAAUGGGGACUUGAGCCACAUCAGUUCCACAAAUGAGAAUGUGACAUUUGGCAAGAGAGAUUACGGUCAAAUGGGCUUUUCCUACUUAAACGAUUUGGAUCGUUCUGAAGUGGAGACUACCACAGAACUUUAAAUGCCAAAACCAAAGACCGUAUACGGGCUUUGCCAAAACGACCAAAUGAAAAACUUAACGAAACUUUUGAACGAAAGCGCACUGCAAAUCAAACGAAAUCGAAAGUUAACCAUGAAAUGCUUUUCUUGGUCUAGAAUAAUAAAACCUUUAGUUGCCAAUUUGUAAAAAAAUUGUUAUUUAAUUUAAAUAUACAAUAGAUAUUAAUUAAAAGUAAAUUAAUUUUGUGUAAAUAUCUUAUGAAUUUUAUGGUUUCCAAUAAGCAGCUAUCAAGCGUUUAAU